CCCUCUCUCUGUUUCUCUGUGUCUCUUUCUCUCUCACACAGUCACGCACUCAGACACCCUUCACUAUCAUCAUCAUCAUCCUUCUCCUCCACCUCUUCACCCUUGGCUGCUAUAGCUAUACCAAAAUUCCCUUCUUGAACACUUCUAGAGCAGCUUAAACUGCCAAGAAGAAAGUAGAGAGCAAUAACAUGAAGAAAAAAGCUUCAGGGUGUUCAAGAUGUUGGAAAUGUGGUAGAAAGUGUGUUCUUUAUCCAAGGAUGCAGAAAUCCCAAUUGGCAGCUUCUUGGCUUUGAGAAGGCUAGCUGCUCUCAUUCAGCAGAGUGACCUGGUGACUAAGAGCUGCAGGAAUUUUUUACCUUUAGCAUAUUUCUUGGUAAAAAAAGAAAUUUUUGGUUUUUAUAGGAAGGGGUAUUUGGAUGGUUUCGGUAUGUUGGCCUGAUUUAGAAGUUUCGGAUGUCUGGUUUUGUUUACAUUUGCUUCUUCAGCAUUUUUUUCUUGGUGUUGGAAAUUUACCUGCUUUGGUUGAGUAAUGUUGUAUUUUUACAGUGAAAAAGAGCUCCAGAGUAGAAUGGAUCAAUGUUGGUAUAUGCCUUUUACUCUGACAGUAGAAUCUAAUUGGUCAAAAGAUGCACAUUAGAGGCAACGUGAUUUCUCUUUUGUACUAUUUCCUUGGGGUUGUAAUAUUCUUGGCUGUGUUUUUGGAUUCAUGGGGGAAAGUUUUGAGCUUGGGAUCCAUGUCUUCCAUUGCCAUUUCUUAUGGGGAAUCUGGCCCUGUUUUCUGUGGCCUAAAGGCAGAUGGUUCACAUCUCGUGACUUGCUAUGGCUCUAACUAUGCUAUAAUGUAUGGAACUCCACCUCAUUUUCCUUUCCAAGGACUAACAGCAGGAAAUGGAUUUGUUUGUGGGCUUCUAAGUGACUCUAACCAACCGUAUUGUUGGGGAAGUAGUAAUUUUGUUCAGAUGGGAGUGCCUCAGCCGAUUGUCAAGGGGUCUGAGUACUUGGAGAUAAGUGCAGGAGAUCAUCAUUUGUGUGGCUUGAGGAAACCCUUGAUGGGAAAUCAGAGAAACACUUCACUGGUUGAUUGUUGGGGUUACAACAUGACAAGGAAUUAUGUUUUUGAUGGGCAGAUCCAGUCAAUCUCUGCUGGUUCAGAGUUUAACUGUGGAUUGUUUUCUCAAAACAGGAGUGUUUUCUGCUGGGGUGAUGAGACAAGUAGCAGGGUGAUUAGUCUGAUUCCGAAAGAAUUGAGGUUGCAGAAGAUUGCAGCCGGGGGUUUUCAUGUGUGUGGGAUCCUAGAGGGGAUAAAUUCUAGAGCUAUUUGCUGGGGAAGAAGCUUAGACUUUGACAAAGAGAUAUCUCUCCAGUAUUCUGCAAACCUAAAUGUUGACUUGGCACCGACUGAUCCAAUGCUUUCUGUGGUUGGAGGAAGGUUUCAUGCUUGCGGAAUUAAAAGUUAUGAUCAUGGGGUGGUUUGUUGGGGUUAUCAUGUUGAGACCAGCACUCCACCUCCUAGUGGUAUCAAGCUUUUUGAGAUUGCAGCUGGAGAUUAUUUCACUUGUGGGAUUCUUGUGGAGACCUCUCUCUUACCUGUUUGCUGGGGUGCCGGUUUUCCAGCAUCUCUGCCUGUAGCUGUCUCUCCUGGAUUAUGCAAAUCUAGACCUUGUGAACCUGGUUUCUAUGCAUUUAAUAAUGUAACUGCACCUUGUAGGUCUCCAGGUUCUCGCAUAUGCUUCCCCUGCAGCGGCGGCUGCCCUGCUGAAAUGUACCUAAAAGCGGAAUGCUCUCCAACGUCUGACAGAUUGUGUGAAUACAACUGCUCAAGCUGCAUUAGCGCUGACUGCUUCUCAAAUUGUUCAAAGGCUGCUUCAGGAAAGAAACAUGGGAAGUUUUGGUCCUUCCAGCUUCCAGUCAUAGUUGCAGAGAUUGCUUUUGCAGUCUUCUUGGUCAGUGUCGUCUCCCUCACUUCAAUGUUAUAUGUUCGGUACAGGUUAAGGAACUGUAGGUGCCCAGGGAAAAGCUUCAAAUCCAAGAGGAAUAGUGGAACUGGUUCUUUUCACACUGAGAAUGGUAAAGUUAGGCCUGACCUGGAUGAACUUAAGAUAAGAAGAGCAAAAAUGUUUACUUAUGAGGAACUUGAGAAAGCCACUGGGGGUUUCAAAGAAGAAUCACAGGUUGGAAAGGGAAGCUUUUCGUGUGUCUUCAAAGGGGUCUUGAAGGAUGGGACAGUUGUUGCAGUUAAGAGGGCUAUUAUGUCUUCUGACAUGAAGAAGAAUUCAAAAGAGUUCCAUACUGAGUUAGACUUACUUUCUAGACUGAAUCAUGCUCAUUUGCUCAAUUUGCUCGGUUAUUGUGAAGAAGGUGGAGAAAGGCUUCUGGUAUAUGAGUUCAUGGCUAAUGGAUCACUACAUCAACAUCUCCAUGGGAAGAACAAUGCGUUGAAGGAGCAGUUGGAUUGGGUAAGGAGAGUUACCAUUGCUGUUCAAGCUGCUCGGGGGAUUGAAUACUUGCAUGGUUAUGCUUGCCCUCCUGUUAUUCACCGCGACAUAAAGUCCUCAAACAUCCUUAUAGACGAAGAACACAACGCCAGAGUUGCUGAUUUUGGUCUGUCUUUGCUAGGACCUGCUAAUAGUAGUUCACCAUUGGCUGAGCUACCUGCAGGAACUCUUGGCUAUCUUGAUCCCGAGUACUAUAGACUUCACUACCUCACUACCAAAUCCGAUGUUUAUAGCUUUGGUGUUUUGCUGCUGGAGAUUCUCAGUGGACGAAAAGCAAUAGAUAUGCAAUAUGAAGAAGGGAAUGUAGUUGAAUGGGCAGUUCCUUUGAUCAAGGCAGGAGAUAUACAAGCAAUCUUAGAUCCAAUUCUGAAACAACCAUCUGAUCUUGAAGCUCUAAGGAGGAUUGCAAAUAUAGCAAGCAAAAGUGUAAGAAUGAGAGGCAAAGAAAGGCCAUCAAUGGACAAGGUGACUACUGCUCUGGAGCGCGCUCUUGCACUCCUCAUGGGUAGUCCAAGCAAUGAGCAGCCCAUCUUGCCUACCGAGGUAGUCUUGGGAAGCAGCAGAAUGCACAAGAAAUCCUCUCAAAGAUCUUCAAACCGUUCAGCGUCUGAAACAGAUGUAGCAGACACAGAGGAUCAAAGAUUUGAAUUCAGGGCCCCUUCAUGGAUAACUUUUCCUAGUGUAACAUCUUCACAGAGGAGAAAGUCCUCGGUCUCUGAUGCAGAUGUUGAAGGGAAGAACUUGGAAUCCAGAAAUUUGGGAAAUGGCACAAAUCCUGGAGAUGGGUUAAGAUGUUUGGAAGAAGAGAUUGGUCCAGCUUCUCCUCAAGAACAAUUGUUCUUGCAGCACAAUUUCUAACCACUCAGAAAACACACAAAAGACAUAUUCAAAACUUCUUACUGCUACUUUUUUGUGGGGGAAUUGCUUUCUCAACAAAAGAAAUGUAUAGAGGCAGAAGAGAGGGAGCAUGUUUCUUGAUGAUUCUGGACUUCAUCACCAGUCACUGCAUCAAAAUACUUCCAUUGAUCCUCUGUUUAUGUAAUUUUUUCAGUUGCAUUUUGUGCAUUCCCUUCUCAUUAUUUGCUUCCUUUUUGGGCAUAAAUUAGGAUUCAAUCAUUAUGCAAGUAAAUUUUGUACUCUUGACAUUCUUUUAGCAACUUGAAGUUAGUAGUAUCAACUUUCUAGCAUAGUCUCAUUUAUGUUGUCUGUAAUUUUCUUGCCUGAUGUGGUAUUAUAAAUAAUUUUUGCCACAGCUUGUACUCGAAAA